UGUCCCGACUGUGGUAAAACUUUCAGUUGUAAUUCCAAUUUGAUGAUACACCAGAGGAAUCUCAAAGGAGAAAAACCCUUUCAAUGUCCUGAUUGUGGGAGAAGUUCCAGUCAUAAUUCCAGCCUGGUAAUACAUCAGAGGAUUCACUCCAUGGAGAAACACUAUGAAUGUCGAGAAUGUGGGAAAGGUUUCAUUAGCAAUUCCCACCUCAUGAGACACCAGAGGACUCACACAGGAGAGAAAGCCUUUUAUUGUCUUAUCUGUGGAAAAGGUUUUACUCAGAAUUCCCACCUCAUGAGACACCAGAGGAUUCACACAGGAGAGAAACCCUUUGAAUGUCGUGAUUGUGAGAAAUGUUUUAGUGAUAAUUCCAGCCUAGUGAAACACCAGAGGACUCACACGGGAGAGAAACCCUUUGAAUGUCCUAUCUGUGGGAAAUGUUUUAGUGAUAAUUCCAGCCUGGUGAAACACCAGAGGACUCACACAGGAGAGAAACCCUUUGAAUGUCCUGGCUGUGGAAAAUGUUUUAGUCAGAAUUGCCACCUCAUAAAACACCAGAGGACUCACACAGGAGAGAAACCCUUUGAAUGCCCUAUCUGUGGGAAAAGUUUUAGUGAUAAAUCCAGCCUAGUGACACAUCAGAGGACUCACACAGGAGAGAAACCCUUUGAAUGUCCUAUCUGUGGGAAAGGUUUUUGUGAUAAUUCCAGCGUUGUAAUACAUCAGAGGACUCACACAGGAGAAAAACCCUUUGAAUGUCCAUAUUGUGGGAAAGGUUUCAUUGAAAAUUCCAGCCUGGUGAAACACCAGAGGACUCACACAGGAGAGAAACCCUUUCAAUGUCCUAUCUGUGGGAAACGUUUUAGUCAGAAUUCCCACCUCAUAAGACACCAGAGGACUCACACAGGAGAGAAACCCUUUGAAUGUCCUAUCUGUGGGAAAUGCUUUAGUGAUAAUUCCAGCCUGGUUACACAUCACAGGACUCACACAGGAGAGAAACCCUUUCAAUGUUCUAUCUGUAGGAAAAGUUUUAGUGAUAAUUCCACCUCAUAA